AUGAGAGCUCUUCAUGAAAACAUUCAAAAGGUUCAGAAUCAACAAAAGCAAUAUGUUGAUCAGAGGAGGGUUGAGCAAUCUUUUGAGAUCGGGGAUAUGGUGUUUAUGAUGCUACAACCCUAUAGACAAUCCUCUCUUAGGAAGAAGGGCUCGAAGAAACUCAAGCCAUGUUAUUAUGGACCAUUCAGGAUUAUCAGGCGAUUCAACGAAGUGGCUUAUGAGUUAGAUUUACCAGCAGAUAGUAAGGUUAAUAAUGUGUUCCAUGUUUCUCUCCUCAAGAAGGCAUUGGGACAACAGAUAGCUCCUUCUUCAGACUUACCACCCCCAGAUGAUGAGGGGAAGUUGAUAUUAGUACCUGAGGUCGUUAUAGAGACUAAAGAGCGACAUCUUCGGAGGAUAUUGCCUAAAUCAAUGAUAGAGUCCUCAAAAGCACCUGACGAAACUGGAACAUCAUGGAUUUCCAAAGCUGAUAUUCCCCGCAAGUUCGAAAUAAUGAGAAAAUCCAAGGACAUUCAUGAGAUAUACAUUGAAGAUCAAGAACCUCCUCAAAGCAUGGAAGAAGACCAUACUCCAGAGAUUCAGAGGAAGACUCGUGAACUUGUGGAAGAUAAUAAUCCAAAUGAAACCUUGGAUCCUACUGAUGUGCCUAUAGACAUUGUUGUAAACCGGAAAAUACCUCUUUCGGCAAGAAAAAUGAUACAAGAGGCUGAAGGCUUUGCAACACCAAAAGGAACCUUUAGGGAAAGUAAAAGACCACACAGAUUCUCCAUCUAUGCUGCAUUAAUGAGUGAAAUCAUUGAGUCAAAACCCACUAGUGUUGAGGAAGCCUCUAGUCUUCAAGUUUGGAAAGAUGCUAUGGCAUAA